AUGGCCGUGCCACUUGCCGGACGCGUGGCGUCCCGACCGAAGCGGGGCCGUAAUCUGACGCUAUUGGGCCGGCACCCGGGCCGGCGGACAGGGCUAUUCGCCGCGCUUUCCCUCCUGUUGACCGGCUCUCUCAUGCUCUCCGGAUGCGCAGAGCUGCUCGUCGGCGCGGCCGCGACGACAGGCAUCGCAGUCGCGGAAGAGCGAUCGAUCGGCGACGCGGUCGACGAUCUGACCAUUCGGGCGGAGCUCAACCACCUCUUCUUCCAGGACGACGUCGAGCUCUAUCAGGAUGUGUCGUUCAGCGUGUUCGAGGGCCGUGUCCUGCUCAAGGGCAGCGUGCCCACGCUCGAAGCUCGCAUUCACGCCCUCAGGGUUGCGUGGCAGGCCGUCGGCGUUCGCGAGGUGAUCAACGAGCUGCAGGUGACCGACGAGGGCGGGAUUCUGGACUACGCGCGGGACACCUGGAUUUCGGCGCAGCUCAAGGGCAGGCUCCUCGUGGACGGCGAUGUCCUCUCCAUCAACUACAGCGUCGAAACCGUCAACGGCACGGUCUACCUCAUCGGAAUCGCGCAGGACGAGGCAGAGCUCGUGCGGGUGAUCGAGCAUGCCCGUGGCAUCGAGGAUGUGAAGCGUGUCGUGAGCCAUGUCGUCCUGAAGGACGACCGGCGUCGCCCGGUGACGCCUUGA